AUGGCCGGCCGCCGCCGCCGCCGCCGUGGGCAUCCCCGACAAGCACGGCCGCCGCCGCUGCCUUCUCCAGGAGAGCCCUUUCAGCUGGAAUCCAACGCUCUCAGGGAAGUCGCCGUUGCAGAAAGCUCAUCCAAGAAAACCUGCCAUGCCUUAAUCUGUACCCGCUCUUCCGCACCUAGCCCUGAUGUUUGGGCAGAUCUCCUGGAUAGCCUGCUUCUCCAAAUAAUUGUCCUCGUUAGCUCAUUCCAUGACCUCCUUGCUUUCAUUGGCACCUGCCGCUCUUGGCGCGCUGUGCUCUCUUCCCUCCCACCUUUAUUUACCUUCAACAUCCCACCUCUCCACCUUCGACCAGAUGGUUAUGAUUCUCAUCCCCAUCGCAGGUACAUCAAGCACAGUCUUUUAUCCAAUAUCAGUUGGCAGCUUGUUGAUCCUGCGAAGCAAACCUCCUCCCUCAGCUGUUCAGCACCCCAAAAGCUUCAGGUCCACAUGCAGUAUUUGGGCUGCUCAUAUGGCUAUCUUAUAUUCUCCAAUAUGGAGCAAUGCCUCCUUGUCAAUGUGUACAGUGGUGCUACCAUGCGGCCUCCCAAGCUCAAAUUCACUGACAACCGCAAUGUCUACUAUGGAGCACUUGUAGCUCCGAUCAAUUUAUCUAAUUCCCGUCUCCUCUUUUGCUCAAGAUCAUCCAUGUUUCAGUGGCAGGUUGGAUCUGACUUUUGGUCUGAGCACCCUUUGGGUGUCCAAUGCAUUGUUCAAAUCGUGUCCUUCAAAGGUGAGAUAUUUGCCAUUGACUUCCUUCAGAGGCUCCACAGAAUACCGUUGGAACCUCAGCUGAGCAUGCAGGAAGUACUAGUUGUCUGGGAUGCGGACAUGUUUCUAGGCCUGUGGAAUGCACCAUGGUUGGUGGUCUGUGGUGACAUGCUUCUCUUGGUUGACUUCUCAGUAAGCAUCGAUCCCUUUUCUCGAUUAUCUGGAACCUUUAAUGUAUUUCGCCUUGACUUUCAAGUUGAACCAGCUAAGUGGGUAAAAGUGGAUGAUCUGGGAGACAAUGCCCUCUUUGUUAGUUUUGAUAGGAGGAAUCCAACAUUUUCUUGCCUGGGUCCUGAGAAAUGGGGUGGGAAAAGGAACUGUAUUUACAUUGCCAACCCGUCUGUAGAUUCUAAUGAACGUUGGAGUGUGGUCGAAGUUGGUCAGGUGGUGCUUGACCCAAAGUUGUGUACUAACAGUGCAGAAAAGAAUCUACCCCGUGCCCCGUCGAGGCAACUGCAAAGCCUUUGGGAGCUUCCCAGUUUUGUUUAUGGUGUUGGCCAGUGA